AAAACGCCUGAGCACCCGGCACUGAUUUCUCAACACACUCUCUGCCAACUUGCGCAUCAAACCGGGAUUUCAAUAUAUAGCCACGUACCCACCGGGAUGGACUUGAACAACGUCAGGCGCGUGUCCUCCGCGGGCUACCGGCUACCGGAACGAGCCUGCGGGACGCAGCCGACAAGGAGCCGACCGCCGGCGGACAGGACGCUGCGCGCCAGAGGAGGAGGAGACGGCGCGACCUCCGCGGAGCCGAAUUCAGACCGGAGCGAUACCGUGAAACAGGACCGAGUGUGGAAAGAGGCGGUGCAGGCCGAGAGGAGAGGCGUGCGGGAGUGGGAGAAGAACUGGAACUUUCUCAGGAACUAUGAUCAGAUGGGGCAGCUGAAGUCCGAGGAGCCUAUGCCCAGCUACGUGUCGCUCUUCUCCGACCGCGUCCCCAACACCGGCAACCAGAUGUUCGGCAGCAGAUUGUCCACUCCGCUCGGGAUCUCCGUGGUCCGACUGGACCGGCUGACGCUCCGGUCCGCGAGACACCCCAAGUGCGAGCAGGACACGGAGAUGCAGCCCUAGAUAAAACGGCCGCAUCGGGGGAGGGAGUCCUGGCUGAUGAGGACAUGAUGACACACAUGCGCGAAUUGACCCGACGUGUGACAUCUUCCGCUGAUCCCCCGAGCUCCAGCGGGGUGUUUUCAUCUUGAUGAUGGAGAUGAUCACAUGUGGAUGCGGUACUUUACUUUGUGCACUCAGAUUGGGACAAGAAAGUAACACAAAACUAUUUGAAAUAUAUAUUUGAAAACAGCUGCGUAGUCCGAUUUUACAGUGUGUACUCGUUGAUGCUAUUAGAAUAUAUUAUAUUUGUUAUGUUAAAUUGGUUUUCUUUAUUAUUAUUUUGUUAUACAUUUUUUUUCUUGCAUUUUUAAAAUAUGUUACUUAUUGUAACGCUGCUCUAAUAAUGCCGGUCUGUAUAUUGCUCAGCUGUAAACUGCCCCCAAUGUAUAGAUUUGGAGAAAAAUGUUGGUCCAUAAACGAUUUGGAAAUUCGGGGUGUGCCUCAUUAAAAUAAAGCUUAUGCAUGUU